ACAAACACAAACACAGAGAGAGACAUAGGAAUAUAUAUAAAAGGCUCGCUGUUUUCACCUUUCGCCUCCUCUUUAACUUUCCAUUCAAACUCCACGGCGCAGAUCCGAGGAGUUUGGAAAAACCCUAGCCCUCUCUUCAAACCUCUUUCAAUAAUCUUUCACUCUACUUUUCUUCAACACUUUCAGUAAUCAUCUAGAGGGUGAAGGAAUUUUUUCUGGGGAACUGUUGGCUUAAGUGGUCUAUGUAAGAAAAGGGAGCAGUUUUAGCUAUGGCAGGUGCAGCUCCGGAAGGUUCACAAUUUGAUGCUCGUCAGUUUGAUGCUAAAAUGAAUGAGUUACUCUCAACUGAUGGGCAAGAGUUCUUCACCUCAUAUGAUGAGGUUUAUGAAAGUUUUGAUUCAAUGAGAUUGCAUGAAAACCUUCUGAGAGGAAUCUAUGCUUACGGUUUUGAGAAGCCUUCUGCAAUUCAGCAAAGGGGGAUUGUUCCUUUCUGCAAAGGCCUUGAUGUAAUUCAACAGGCUCAGUCUGGAACUGGGAAAACAGCAACUUUCUGCUCUGGGAUUUUGCAACAACUUGAUUAUGAGCUUGUCCAGUGCCAGGCUUUGGUUUUGGCACCCACUAGGGAACUUGCACAACAGAUUGAGAAGGUUAUGCGGGCACUUGGUGAUUAUCUUAAUGUCAAGGUUCAUGCUUGUGUUGGUGGCACAAGUGUUCGUGAGGAUCAACGCAUCCUUCAGGCAGGUGUUCAUGUUGUUGUAGGCACCCCUGGUCGUGUAUUUGACAUGUUGCGAAGGCAGUCACUUCGUCCUGAUUACAUUAAGAUGUUUGUACUGGAUGAGGCUGAUGAAAUGCUUUCUCGUGGUUUCAAGGACCAGAUCUAUGAUAUUUUCCAGCUACUUCCCGCCAAGGUUCAGGUUGGGGUGUUCUCUGCUACAAUGCCGCCUGAAGCCCUUGAGAUCACCAGGAAGUUUAUGAACAAGCCUGUGAGAAUCUUGGUGAAGCGAGAUGAACUCACCCUUGAGGGUAUCAAGCAGUUUUAUGUGAAUGUUGAGAAGGAAGAGUGGAAGCUUGAGACACUAUGUGAUCUCUACGAAACCCUGGCCAUCACCCAAAGUGUCAUCUUUGUGAACACACGGCGCAAGGUUGACUGGCUCACUGACAAGAUGCGUGGCCGUGACCAUACAGUCUCAGCCACCCAUGGUGACAUGGACCAGAAUACUCGUGAUAUAAUUAUGCGUGAAUUUCGCUCUGGAUCUUCCCGUGUUCUCAUCACCACUGACCUCUUGGCUCGUGGUAUUGAUGUGCAGCAAGUCUCCUUGGUCAUAAACUUUGAUCUGCCGACUCAACCAGAAAAUUACCUUCACCGUAUUGGACGAAGUGGACGGUUUGGGAGAAAGGGUGUUGCCAUUAAUUUUGUUACAAAGGACGAUGAGAGAAUGCUGUUUGACAUUCAGAAGUUCUACAAUGUGCAAGUUGAGGAGCUGCCAUCAAAUAUUGCAGAUCUCCUGUGAUGAAGUCUUUUUUGGUUUUGUUUGAGGCAUGGGGUUCUCUUCCUUUCAUAGUACUAUUUAUUUUUUAUAACUUCUUAAUUUUGUUUUGUUUUUUUUUUUCCCAUCUAGUGUCCCAAGUUCAUGUCGGCAAACAUAUCUGACCUUUUAAUGAAUUGGGUUUAGGGCUUGCAUAUUAUUGCAACAUAAAGACAGUUCAGUUCCUAUUUCA